AUGGAAAAUGAUACUGAUAAGGAUACUGGUAAGGAUACUGGUAAGGAUACUGGUAAGGAUAUUGAUAAGGAUAUUGAUAAGGAUAUUGAUAAGGAUACUGGUAAGGAUAUUGAUAAGGGUAUUGAUAAGGAUAUUGAUAAGGAUAUUGGUAAGGAUAUUGAUAAGGGUAUUGAUAAGGAUACUGGUAAGGAUAUUAAUAAGGAUAUUGAUGAGGAUACUGGUAAGGGUAUUGAUAAGGAUAUUGAUAAGGAUACCGGUAAGGAUAUUGAUAAGGAUAUUGAUGAGGAUAUUGAUAAGGGUAUUGAUAAGGAUAUUGAUGAGGAUACUGGUAAGGAUAUUGAUAAGGAUAUUGAUAAGGAUACUGACAAGGAUAUUGAUAAGGAUAUUGAUAAGGAUAUUGAUAAGGAUACCGAUAAGGAUAUUGGCAAGGAUAUUGGUAAGGAUAUUGGUAAGGAUACCGAUAAGGAUACCGAUAAGGAUACCGAUAAGGAUAUUGGUAAGGAUAGCGAUACGGAUACUGAUAAGGAUACUGAUAAGGAUACUGAUAAGGAUAUCGAUAAGGAUACUGGUAAGGAUAUCGAUACGGAUACUGGUAAGGAUACUGGUAAGGAUACUGAUAAGGAUACUGGUAAGGAUAUUGGUAAAGAUAUUGGUAAAGAUAUUGGUAAAGAUAUUGGUAAGGAUAUUGAUAAGGAUAUUGAUAAGGAUAUUGAUAAGGAUAUUGAUAAGGAUAUUGAUAAGGAUAUUGGUAAGGAUAUUGGUAAGGAUAUUGAUAAGGAUAUUGGUAAGGAUAUCGAUACGGAUAUAGAUAAGGAUACUGUACCAGUCUACCACUGGCAUUCUACACAGUGGACCAAUUCUACCACAGUGACCAUCUACCACCCGCGAGACCAGUUCUAUCACCACAGCGUCCCCAUUAGAGUCCCCAGUAGGACGUCUCAGCGUAGAGGCAGCUGCUGUAGCUCCCACAGUGCAUCACUCUCCUCCGCAGGCCACAGGCCCUCCAAGUCCCCUGGCAGGCCCAACUCCAAGCACAAGACAGAAGGACACAAGGCCUGUGGGAGCCCGUCCCCUUCUCCGUCCCCCGGUCCUGACGGUCCCGUCACAUGGCACAACGGGCACCACCACCGUGACCGCGCCUGCAACGGCAAGGCGGGCAGACUCAACCACAGCCACACGGUCGAGGGAGACAAGGAGCAGGAUAAGCUGAGAAUGCUGACUGCUGCUACUCCGGGAACCCAGUCGACCGUGAUACUGCCACAACUGAGAGGAGGAGAGAACAAGGCCCACACUGCCCUCUACAGGGCCCCAGGAAGUACUGCUGCCCAGGCUGGAGAGGCCCUACAUGGGGAGGACAGGCAGACGAUGGGCCUGGGGUCGUCAGGGAGAUGGGGAGGUCACAGAGGUCACAGAGUCCAGGGGAAGCGCUCCCAUUCGCCGACUCACAGCAGUGACUCUACCCACUCUCAACAUAACCUGCAUCCUCACAGAGAAAAGAGCUCUCACCAGAAAAAGACUAAAGUAUCCCACUCUUCCAAGCGGCACCACCGUGGGGGUCGGGGACAGGCCCAUCACCAGAGGCUGUCUGCAUCUCCAGGGCGGCACCAGCAUGCGUCUGGGUCAGGCACGAAGAAGAGUGAGUCUCGGGGGCGGGGCGGUGUGGGGGUCCGGCAGCGCAGCAGCUCCUGGAGCUCAGGACGGUCCUCAUCAUGCUCUGCCUCCAGAGAGAGAGGCCUCAGCAAGGCCAAGUCCCUCCACGUCCAUGCCAGACAGAACAAUUCCAGUUUUUCCGCUAAGGAGAGAGAUAGUCCUCACCACUCUGACGCUGACCGUGCUCAUCGUCGUUCCAGGAGCUACUCUCCCAUCAGGAAGAGGAGACGAGAUUCUCCCAGCUUCAUGGAGGCUCGCAGGAUCACCAGCGCUCGGAAGCGGCCUAUCCCGUACUACCGCCCCAGCCCUUCCUCCUCCAGUUCCAUGUCAAGCCCCUCCCACUCAGGGAGGAGUCGCAGCCGCAGCCGCUCAAGCAGCCCCAGGAGCCACAGCCGCUCACGCAGCCCCAGGAGCCACAGCCGCUCACGCAGCCCCAGGAGCCACAGCAACUACAGUCGCAGCAGCUAUGAAAGCCCCGGCUUCUGAUGACAGAGAGAGAGAGAGAGAGAGAGAGAGAGAGA